AUGAGAAAGAACAAAAGAAGAAUAAUGGCUGAAAAGUUGAUAAAAAUCCCUGCUUUAAAUUCAGAGGAUAUUGAAAAAAACAUCAAAAUUCUUGAGCAUGAGGUUUCACUUGACGGGUCUUCCAAAUUUCGCUCUUUUCUUCUUUCUUCUGAAUUUGAAUCCACUCUCAAUCGUUUGAGCAAAUGGGUGAUAUUUGUUAUAUUUGCUGUUGUAUUCCUUUGGAGACGUGAUGCUGGAGUUGUGUGGGCUACCAUAGGUUCUGUGCUGAACUCAUUGCUGUGUGUUGCUUUGAAAAGAAUUUUGAAUCAAGAGCGUCCGACUGGAAACAUGAGAUCGGACCCUGGCAUACCGUCAUCCCAUGGGCAAUAUAUCUCUUAUACUGUCAUGUAUUUCAUACUAUCAAUGUUUCAGUGGCUGGGGGUGAACGAAAUCACCGUGGUCUUUGCUGCUGUUACUUUCGCGUUUGGUUCAUGUCUUUCGUGGCUACGAGUCUCAAAAAAAUUCCACACGAUCAACCAGGUGAUAGUUGGUGUUGUCUUGGGCUCCUGUUUUUCAGUCGCGUGGUUAUGGCUCUGGAAUUCUGUUGUUUCUCAAGCUUUCAAAUCCAAUGCGUGGGUUCAAGUUUGUAUUUUGGUGGCAUUUGCAAUCUGUUGCCUGACGUUCCAAUUAUACGUUAUUCUUAAGUUUUUGAAAAAAGAUUGA